AUGAGCAAACUCACCCUACCCCUCGACAACGCAAAGCAGCCAAGCACAAACGUCGACCACGAUCUCACGCCCCGCGCCGCAUCCGCUGAGCCAAAGUUUCCUGCUGUUGCGCCUGCAAAGAACGUGCAGGCCCUCAAGGAGCGUGCGCUCCAAAAUGGCGAACUGAAGGCUGUCCCAAAUCCAGUCAACCAACAACACCAUAAUGGUCUUCUGGUUACAAAGGAUGGCGUGGGCGCUGCCUUGAGUGACACCCCACUGCCCUCCGUUCCUGGAAGUCCGCGCGACACUUUAACCCGCAAUAGCUCCGUCACAUCGACCCCGCGAUUACGACCUACUACGCUCGAUAUCCCUGGUCUGACCAAGUCCAAGGUCUCCCCCGAUGGCAAGAUUGCACAGCGAGAUGUCGGCUCCAAGCUCGUCAUCGUCAUGGUCGGACUGCCCGCGCGAGGCAAAUCAUACAUCACAAAGAAGAUGGCACGCUAUCUGAAUUGGCUGCAGCACGACACUAAGAUUUUCAACGUGGGAGAGAAGCGAAGAGUAGCUGCGAGUCACAGUGGGUUUCGCCUGUCACAAGCGAACCUCGAGCGGGUCUCUUCACGCGUCAAGCAGGCCAUUGAGGAGCACCAAGACACACUCCCGCAAAUCGCUGCAAAAAUUCUUAUCAAUGGCGACCCCGCGCACGAUGGGCCCGUAGACCCACAGAACCUGCCGGACCCACGCCGGGGUAGCACGGCCAUUGCGGAGGACGAAGACGGACCACCACUACCACCGCCACGAGUUGAAGUCACAUCGCCAGGCCCGAAGGCGCCUACACCCAACAAUGAGGCGGUAACCGAGGAGGAGAACGAGGCCAUGGACCAGUCGGCAGAUUUUUUCGACCCACAAAACCAACGCGCGGCGGCAUUGCGAGAGCAAUGCGCCAUGGAGACUCUAGACGACCUGUUGGACUAUAUCCUGAAGGGUAGUGGCUCUGUUGGCAUAUUCGAUGCUACCAACAGCACGCUCGCGCGGCGCCAGCAAAUCAUGCAGCGGAUACGAAACCGUGCUGGACCAGAGCUCAACGUCCUGUUCGUUGAAAGUGUGUGCCGGGAUCAGAACCUGCUCGAAUCUAACAUGCGUUUGAAGCUCUCAGGGCCAGACUACAAAGACAAGGACAAAGUUGCAGCAUUGGCCGACUUCAAGAAGCGCGUAGCUAUCUACGAGAAGAAUUAUGUCCCCAUCGGCGACUACGAGGAGGACAACAACAUGCCCUACGUCAAGAUGGUGGAUGUUGGCCGAAAGAUGAUCUCGCAUCAGAUCAGGGGUUUCCUUGCUGGCCAGGCCGUCUACUACCUUCUCAACUUCAACCUCGCACCGCGCAUGAUCUGGAUAACAAGACACGGCGAGUCGGCGGACAAUGUUGCUGGAAAGAUUGGUGGUGACUCCGACCUUAGCGAGAACGGACAAAAGUAUGCAAAGGCGAUGACACGCUUCAUUGCUGCACAGCGCAAAGACUGGGCGGUCCGGCAAGCAGACAAAAUGGCCAACACUCACUUCCCUCCAGUAGCAGGCGACCACACCCCUCCAAACCCGUACUACAGCCACGAGCUCGAACAGCGCAACUUCUGUGUCUGGACUUCCAUGCUCAAGCGCAGCAUCCAAACAGGACAAUACUUCUGCGACGAGGACUUCGAAGUCAAACAAAUGCGCAUGCUGGACGAGCUCAACGCAGGACUCAUGGAAGGUCUAACAUACGAAGAGAUCCGCACAAAGUACGCAGACGAAUACCUCCAACGGCGCCGCGACAAACUUGCAUACCGCUACCCCGGCCCCGGUGGUGAAGGCUACUUGGACGUCAUCAACCGUAUCCGCCCCGUCAUCGUCGAGCUAGAGCGCAUGACAGACCACUGCCUGCUCAUCACCCACCGAAGCGUAGCCCGCGUGCUACUCGCAUACUUCCAGGGCCUCAAGCGCGAGGAUGUGGCUGAUUUGGAUUGUCCACUAGGUAUGCUGUACCAGUUAGAGCCCAAGCCGUAUGGUGUGGAGUUCAAGGCCUGGCGCUACAACUCGGAGACGGAUGACUUUGAUCACUUGCCGGAUUAUAAGCUCAGGAGGGCGCCUACGCUAGUGAACAACUAG